AAAACACCCAGAGGGAGGGCCCAAGUGUGCCCGUGUCCGGAGUGACAACAAAAGAAAGAGGGGAGAGAUAUUCCAAAGGAGCGCUUUCUUUUCCCUUAGGGAGGCGGGCGAAGAGAAGAGUGUGUGUGUGUGUGUGUGUUUGUGUGAGAAGCAGGGACGCGGGAGGCGGGAAGCGCGCAAGAGGAGGAGGAGGGAAGGCGAGGCGACGCCGAACAGGUGGCCAGAGGCAGCGGGCAGGAAGGCAGCCAAGCAGCGGGGCGGGCAAGCCAGCGAGCAGAGCCUCCUCCUCCUCCUCCUCCUCCUCUCGGCCCACAGCAUGUGAAGCAUCCACGGAGUCGCCCCUUGGCGGGACUCGACCCGCUCGGCUCGGCUGGGCGCGCGUGGAAUCCCGCUCUUCCUUUUCCUCGCCCUCUUCUCUUGGGGAGGAUGAAAGUCACCGUCUGCUUCGGCCGGACCCGGGUGGUCGUGCCUUGCGGCGACGGGAACCUCCAAGUGGGCAGCCUCAUCGAGCAAGCCGUGACCAGGUACAGGAAGGCCGUGGCCAAGGAUCCAAACUACUGGAUACAAGUACAUCGUCUGGAACAUGGUGAUGGGGGAAUCCUUGACCGUGAUGACAUCCUUUGUGACGUAGCUGAUGAUAAAGACAGACUUGUAGCUGUAUUUGAUGAGCAAGAUCCACACCAUGGAGGAGAUGGUACAAGUGCCAGUUCUACGGGUACCCAGAGCCCUGAAAUAUUUGGGAGCGAGCUGGGCACGAAUGCUGCAUCAGCCUUCCAGCCUUACCAAGCAACAAGUGAAAUAGAGGUCACGCCUUCGGUCCUUCGCACAAAUAUGCCUCUUCAUGUACGGCGCAGCAGUGAUCCUGCAUUAGUUGGUCUUUCAACAUCAGUCAGUGAGAACAAUUUCACUUCAGAAGAGCCUUCUCGGAAAAACCCCACAAGAUGGUCAACCACUGCAGGCUUCCUCAAGCAGAAUGCACCUGGUGGGACAAGGAGUCAUGAAAGAAAGAAAGAUGACAACUACCGAAGCCUUCCACGGGACACCAGUAGCUGGUCUGCUAACCAGUUUCACAGGGACAAUGCUCGCUCUUCACUAAGUGCCACCCAUCCCAUGGUAGACAAAUGGCUAGAGAGACAAGAACAGAACUUUGGGAUUGUUAGUAAAGCGGUUGGAGAAAGGUGGAAAAGCUGAACAAGAACACCUCUUUCAUGAAAAUGAUUGUAUUGUCAAAAUAAAUGAUGGGGAUCUUCGCAAUCUAAGAUUCGAACAAGCACAGCAUAUGUUCCGUCAAGCCAUGCGUACUCCCAUUAUUUGGUUCCAUGUGGUUCCAGCGGCAAAGAAAGAGCAGUAUGAGCAGUUGUCACAAAGUGAGAAAAACACUCAUUACUCCACCCGCUUGAGCCCUGAUUCCCAGUAUAUUGACAGUAAAAGUAUUAACCACACUGGAGUUCACACAUUGCAAAGAAUACCCCGAGUGAGUGAUCAUGUAGAUCAACUGGACUCUUACUCACAACUACCUCAGCAUGUGAAUUCAUCAGGAAAACCACCUUUAGGCCCAUCGCCAUCACCAUCACCGCAAAAAGUUGCCACUGCUUCUGCUUCAAAUAUUGGCUAUAACACCAAACGGAUUGGCAAGCGGCUAAAUAUACAACUGCGGAAAGGUACAGAAGGUCUAGGAUUUAGCAUCACUUCACGAGAUGUUCCCAUUGGGGGCUCAGCUCCAAUUUAUGUGAAAAACAUCCUUCCAAGAGGUGCAGCUAUUCAAGAUGGAAGAUUGAAGGCUGGAGACCGGCUCAUUGAGGUCAAUGGUGUGGACUUAACUGGGAAAACUCAAGAAGAAGUUGUUUCCCUGCUGAGAAGCACCAAGAUGGGAGGGACAGUAAACCUUCUCAUUUUACGCCAAGAAAUAUUCUAUCCAAGGGAACUGAAUACUGAACAAACCCAGUCACAAAUUCCAAAGGAAACGAGAGCAGAAGAAGAUCUUGUCCUGACUCCCGACGGCACCAGGGAAUUCCUGACUUUUGAAAUUCCCCUUAAUGAUUCAGGAUCAGCUGGGCUUGGUGUCAGUGUGAAAGGUAACCGGUCAAAAGAGAACCACGCAGACCUCGGCAUCUUUGUCAAGUCAAUUAUAAAUGGUGGAGCAGCUUCUAAAGAUGGAAGACUCCGAGUGAAUGAUCAACUAAUAGCAGUAAACGGGGAAUCGUUAUUGGGUAAGACAAACCAGGAUGCCAUGGAAACCCUGCGUCGGUCCAUGUCCACGGAGGGAAACAAACGUGGAAUGAUUCAGCUCAUUGUGGCAAGGCGAAUAAGCAAAGUCAAUGAGUUGGAAUCACCUGGAAGUCCCCCGAGGUUAGAGCUCCCUAUUGAGUCAAUACUGAUUGACAGGGAACGUAGGAUUUCCCAUUCGCUGUACAGUGGGAUUGAAGGCCUCAAUGAUUCGCCCACCAGGAAUGCCGCCUUGAACAGGAUAAUGGGUAAAUACCAUCUUUCUCCAACUGUCAACAUGCCCCAAGAGGACAUAGUUAUUAUUGAAGAUGAUAGAUUGCCAGUACUACCUCCACAUCUUUCAGACCAGUCUUCUUCCAGUUCCCAUGAUGAUGUGGUUUUUGCAACUGUGGAUGGAGGAGCCUGGAAUAAACCAGCCAUUAUUGAAUCCACAGAAUGUACUCUGAGUCCAGAUGUUGAUCCAGAGCUUGCCUUCCAGCGAGAGGGAUUUGGACGUCAGAGCAUGUCAGAAAAGCGAACAAAGCAGUUUUCAGAUGCCAGCCAGUUGGACUUUGUUAAGACACGGAAAUCCAAAAGCAUGGAUUUAGUAGCUGCCGAGACUAAGCUCAAUACAGUGGAUGACCAGAAAACAGGUUCCCCAACCAGAGACGUGGGUCCUUCAUUAGGCCUGAAGAAAUCCAGCUCUUUAGAAAGUUUGCAGACAGCAGUUGCAGAAGUGACUCUGAAUGGUGAUAUUCCCUUCCAUCGCCCACGACCACGGAUAAUCCGGGGGCGGGGAUGCAAUGAAAGCUUCAGAGCUGCAAUUGACAAGUCAUAUGAUAAACCCGGGGCAGAUGAGGAUGACGAGGGCAUGGAAACCUUGGAAGAAGACACUGAAGAAAGCUCACGAUCAGGUAGAGAAUCUGUGUCCACAUCAAGUGACCAGCCAUCCCAUUCUCUAGAAAGACAGAUGAAUGGCAACCAAGACAAAGGAGACAGAAAAAAAAUAGGGAAGGACAAGAAAAAAGAUCGUGACAAAGAGAAGGACAAAAUCAAAGCCAAGAAAGGAAUGCUUAAAGGCCUGGGAGACAUGUUCAGGUUUGGCAAACAUCGAAAAGAUGACAAGAGUGAGAAAAUCAAAGUGCAGGAAGCUGUUACUGGCGAAGAGGACAAACUACGAAUGAAGCAAGAACAGGAGAGAAUUCAAGCCAAGACUCGAGAAUUUCGUGAGAGGCAAGCUCGGGAACGAGACUACGCUGAGAUCCAUGAUUUAAACAGGACUUUUGGGUGUGAUGCUGAUUCAUUGUAUGCUGGGAUUCCUUCAUAUCAUUCCCCCACAAAUAGUGCUACAAUGAACAAUCGACCACAGAGCCCAAGGGAAGGACCAACAGGCGAAGCACUAUAUGCCCAAGUAAAGAAAGCCCGCAAUUCCAAGUCUUCACCUGCAGACAGAUCAGCUCCCAGCAAUCAUGACCGGAUACAACGUCUAAGGCAAGAAUUUCAGCAAGCAAAGCAAGAUGAAGAUGUGGAGGACAGGAGGCGGACAUACAGUUUUGAACAGCCAUGGCCAAAUUCAAAGUCGUACUCGCAAAGUGGGAGGCAUUCUGUGUCGGUAGAAGUUCAGAUGCAGAAGCAGCGACAAGAAGAAAGAGAGAGUUUCCAGCAGGCUCAGCGACAGUACAGUUCAUUACCAAGGCAAAGCCGGAAAAAUGCAAGUUCCGUAUCUCAAGAUUCUUGGGAGCAGAACUAUCAUCCAGGUGAAGGUUUCCAAAGUGCGAAAGACAACCCCAGGUAUUCCAGUUAUCAGGGCUCACGGAACGGCUACAUGGGUGGCCAUGGCUUCAACGCACGGGUCAUGCUUGAAACUCAAGAGUUGUUGCGUCAAGAACAAAGGAGGAAAGAGCAGCAGAUGAAAAAAAAGACAUCUUCUGAAGGGUCCAGCAAUUAUGACUCCUACAAGAAAGUGCAAGACCCUAACUAUGCCACUCCCAAAGGUCCUUUCAGGCAAGAUGUACCACCUUCGCCAUCUCAGGUUGCCCGGCUAAACAGAUUACAGACUUCAGAAAAGGGAAGACCUUUUUAUUCGUGAGUCAAAGAAAAGGGUCACCAUCCCAUGCAAUAAAGGAACACUUUCAUAUGAAGAGACUUGUAUUUUGUGAAGAAUGUUCCAAACGUUUGGAAGUGUUGGUACUAAGGAUUUUUUGUCUGCUUCAGUGCCUUUAACAAAAUGGGCAAAGAAUUGGAGGGCCUUAUGUCUUUGCCAUUGUGUCUCAAGUAUUAUAUUCCUCAAAAGGAGUUUCCAUCAUCUGACAAUCAUAUCCUAGGCAAAUGAUGUUUCUUUUUUAAUCAAGUGUCCCAGUCCAGCCCGGUGCUAUCAGGGGCUGCUUUGCCACAUUUUGUUAUCAGGUGUUCAACUCUUUAAUGAAUUAUGGUUCCAACAUGCAUAAUAAAUGGUUUCUUAACUAAACAAAACAUUGCCAUAACUAUUUCCCCCUUGGGUUGAGGGAAAGGGGUGCAUAUCAGCUAUAAGCAGUAAGGCAGAUGUCUACUCAAGAUCUCUGGUCCUGGAUGACUUAUAGUUGAUAAAUAUUUAAAAGUCUGUAUGCUGAAAUUCUCUUUCUUUGCCUGCACAUGUUCACUCUUGAGUCCUAUUGAAAAGCUUUAUCUUCAUUCCUAAGCAAAAAGGAAAAAAACUCAAUGCUAUUCUAUUUCAUUUAUUCUGGGGACCUUGUUACAUUUGUCUUAUAUACUUUAAACAUAUAUACCUUAUAUUAUCAAUGGAAACAUUGUAUUUAUAUAACUUAACCUUGGCCAAUAGCAAUGGUGCGAAAUCUCUUGUUUCAUGAAGCAUACGAAAUGGUGUGGGGGAAAAACUCUGGCUUGGUUUAGCAAGUUUAUUUUUUUAUAAAACGUUUCCCCUUGCCUUCAAAAUGAAUUCUAUUCCAAAAUGAACCAUUACUCAGUUACAUCAUAUCAUGAUAAUUUAAUUUCUUUUGUUGGAAGGGGAAAGGCAGGACAAAAUGAAAUUAAAUUCUAUUUUUGAAGUAAAAAUAGCUUUUUUAAAACCUCUCUUUUUUGACAGUUUGUAAAGCCUUGUGGACAAUGUACACUGUGCUUCCAUCUUAUGGUAUUUUUGCAUCUCACUAUGAUACAACCACUAAAGUGUAUGAAUUCAAAAAAUAAAUGGGGAGGGGGAGGCAAGGGACUUGGUAUGUAUCAUUGUGAAAAUAUGUUGAUGUCCAAAAAUAACAUACACAAAAAGAUCAUUCUAGCAGAGAUGUUUUAAUGUGCUUAUUGGGUAUAUGAAAUUUUCCUUUGCAACAGCUGGAUUUGUGUUUGUAGGUCUGAAUUUUCAUGUAUUGUGAAAUAUAUAACUGGAUUGUGAAAGUGCCUGGAAAUCCCAGUGUGAAAAAGAUUGAGAUUAAAGCUCAGCAUAUCAUUCAUAAAUGAACAAAACAAAAAAAGUAUCAUACACAGUAUUUGAUUGAUCUGCUUUUUUUAAAAAAAAGGAAUUUGUCCCAUUUUACCUUUGCCUCAUCCUGUUUCUAGAUUAUAUGUGAAAUUCAGCACAUGUUACCUGUGUCUUUUAUGCCCGUUUGUUCAUUUUGUUUGUUUGUUAAUAUACUCAAGUGUUAAAGAUUUGUUACUAAUGUAAGCACAAUGACAUUGGAUGAUUAUGGCUCUUUUACGCAGAGACUGACUCACUGUGUAAAAUGGCACCCUCUGUAAAUACAGAAAUUUAGAAUAAAAAGACUUUUUGUCUUGGGUUUCAAUAUC